CAGUUUGUAAAUAAUAUUUCAACAAACAUAUUAUCCAAAUUCAUAGUACUUAUUAUUCUAACAUCUAUAAUUAAAUUAUAGUCAAAACAUGACUAGACGAUACGAAGAUUUUGAUGAAUUCUGUGAUCCAGACAAUCCCAGGACUAUAACAUACGACGAUGCAGUAAACGCACAAGGCCGGAUAAGAAAAUAUAUGCCGGAUACGCCUUUUACCAUAUCGCAUAGGCAACGAGAAUUUGCAAUGAAUAUUUUCUACAAAUUGGAAACUGUUCAAAAAACUGGCAGUUUCAAGGAAAGAGGAGCUCUUAAUGCAUUGGAGAUGCUACCUUUAGAUAAGAAGAAAUUAGGCAUAGUUGUUGCUUCAUUGGGUAAUCAGGCUAUGGGACUCUGUUAUUAUGGACAAAAACUUGGCAUACCUGUAACAGUGGUAAUGCCUGUCUCUGUGCCAAUUGGUAAAUUGCAACAGUGUCACAACCUUGGAGCCAAAGUGGUUGUACAAGGAGGAAAUCUUUAUGAGAGUCAAAGAAUCGCGAGAGCAGUGGCCAGAGAAAAGGGAUUAGCUUAUAUUAAUGGUCGUGAUCACCCGCAUAUAUUAGCUGGAUAUGGAACAUUAGCGUUGGAGAUCCUGGAGCAGAUUCCCGCAGUGGACGCGGUGUUAGUGCCGGUGGGAAGUGGCGGUCUGGUGGCUGCCAUUGCCGCUGUUAUAAAGCACGCUAAACCCGAAUGUCUUGUUUACGGUAUACAAUCCGAAAAAAUGCCGACGUUUUUUAAAUCUCUUGAAGCUGGUGAGCGAGUCACCCUCCCAUGGCUAAGUUCAGUAGCUGAUUCAAUAGCGAUGCCAAACGUUGGUAUUAAUGCGUUUCAUACAGCCAAACCACUCCUUGAUAAGAUGGUUCUAGUAAAUGAGGAUUGGAUCACAAAAGCAAUUCUGCAUUUAGUUGAAAUGGAGCGUUUAGUGGUGGAAGGGGCCGCCGCGUGCACCUUAUCUGCAAUUUUAAGCAAUCUUGUGCCAGAAUUGAAAACGAAAAACGUGGUAUGUAUUUUAAGCGGAGGCAACAUCGAUGCAAUUUUGAUAAGCCGAUGCCUAGACAGAGGAUUGGCAGCGGAAGGUCGACUUAUUAAAUUUAAAGUCCCCAUAAAGGGUACUGCAGUAUCAUUCCAAAAGCUUUUAAGCUUUUUGGCAAAAGGAGGAUACAAUGUAAAACGGUUAUUCCAAGAUCGUGUGUGGGUGGAAAACGACAUUUAUAGAGUAGAGGUUAAACUUGUAUGCGAAACAAGAAAUUUAGAGCAUGCUCUGGAAUUAAAGAGACUAAUGGAGAGAGAAUAUACCAACACAGUUUUCGAAACAGAACCGUUCAACGAUAAAUAUACAUGUCCUUGCUAUGUAAGAAAGUGUUGUUAAAUUAAAUUAAAUAUG